AUGGCUGCAGUCUAUGAAGGUCUCUCAAGUGAAAAUACUGCCCUGAGAGUUGAAUGUGAAGCUCAGGAAGCCGAGAUUGCUCAACUUAAGUACUUUCUUCAGCAGUCUGUAACGAAGCCUGAUAUCUACCCCGGCCAACAACGUGUUACAUUAAAUAAGUGUCUUAAUGUUUUUCCUGAAAAGGCAUGGCAGCAGCUCAACGACGAUGUGCCACAAGUUGAUGACCCGCUUAUGAUCUCUGCGCUACAGGAUCAGUUGAAUGAGAAGAACAACUUGUUAGCUGCCUGUCUCGAAGAAAACGCUGAGCUCAAGAGUCACCUCAAGGAUAAUGCAUCAGGUCACACAGAACCACAUGGGGAGGACACAGCCCACCUACUAUCGCAAAUCGGUUUCUUGCAUAAUGAAGUUGAACGGCUUGAGCAACAAGUGAAGAUGGUUCGUGCAGCUGGCAAGGAGGAGAUUCGCGCUCUUAGUAUCGAAUACAAUGAGAAGCUUGAAAAAAAGGAGAAGGAAAACCGUGCCAUCACGGAGCAAUUAAGGGCACGAAGGAACCGUUUGGCGGAUGGCGAGGACCUUGUUUCUAGAUGCAAAAUGCUUGAAAGUCAACUUGCCAUUGCCCUCUCGGAGAAAAACUCUCUUCUUGUGGAGAAGAAUGAUUAUUCUGCAAGAAUAAGAAAAAUGGAAGGUGUGCUCAAGGAGCGCAAGCAAGAGGUUUCCGAAACCCAGCGCAUGGCAUCUCACGAAUCUGUCGCAUCUGGGAGUCAGAUAAAAAGCCUUCAAGAGGUAAUUCAAGUUCUCUCUGAUGAGAGGUCGUCACUUCAAAGGCAGCUCGCUCAAAUUCGCAGUGGGAUGCGUGUUGAAAAGACUGAUGGAGAAACCCAAACUGAGGCAUCAGUCGCCUCUGCUUAUACGCAAACCGACACUUUGCCUUGCGCAGAAAAGGAAUGCCAGGUAGACUCAAUUACAUACUCCACCGAUGUUGGCGCGCACUCUGCCCAGAGUCUGACGCAUAUGUUAGAGCUCAAAUGUGCCGAGUGCGACGAUUUACGGGCUCGCAUCGAUGAUCUUUCUACUGUUCACCGAGAAGCCGUUUCCACAUUCGAAAUAACAAAGAAUCGUCUCACGGAGGAAAUGGAGAGAAGAAAGCUACUCAGUGACGACGCAGAGAAACUUUCUCUACAGGUACGUUCUCUGCAGCAGAAGUGUAGCCAACACGCGGCAACUGAGCGAGAGCUACUUGCCAAAAUGUCACUCGUGGAGGAACAAAAACAGCAGCUGAGGAUGAGUUCUGUGAACAUUGAGCGCAAUAAAAAUGUUUUGGAGGAACAAUUGCAACAGUACCAAAAAGACAUGGAACAACUAGUGGCAAACAAAAAUUACUGUAAUCAGCAGGUUGCUCAACUUGCAGGGGAAAACGAAAAGCUUCGCGCGGAGGUGCAACGGCUUCACCAACAGGAAGCACAGUUAGCAUACUCCCUGAAGGCGAAGGAUGGUGAGCUGCGCGAGAUUCUUUCGGCAUAUCAGAACGCGGUGAAAGAGGCGGAAUCACAAAUGGAUGCACAACGAACUAUAGAACGUGAACUUGAGGCUACCCGCGCAGCAUUGGCAUCAAAAGAGCAGGGUAUCAUAUUCCUUCAAGAACAAAUGAAUCAACUUCAUCAUAGAGAUCAACAGCUUUCGCUGGAUUUACAGACUUUUGAAUACGAAAACGGUCAACUACACCGGAAAGUUGUGCAAGCGGAAGCGCUGGCGACACAACUGCAAAGUACGAGUGAGGAUUUGCAGCAGUUCUCGCUCAGAAAGGAUAGAAUGGCGGAGGAGCUUCAACAGAGUCUUGCGGAACUGAGCAAACAGAUUGUUCUAAAAGAAAACGAAUGCAUGCUCAUUCGGCAGCGGUGUGAAUCACUCCAACGAGACGUCUCACGUCUACAAUCUUCCCAUGAAACAGAAUCGCGUCGCCUGCGGGAGUUGGAGGAUGCAAAUGCUCGCCUCGUGGUGCGCGGAAUGAUGAGUGGUGAGAAUGACAAUAGAAUCAACUCACUUCGUGAAGAGAUGGAUAAGGUGAAGGAGGCUCUUCAGGAAAAAAGUGCAUCGCUUCAAUCAGUACAAGAGCAACUUCGAAAGGAGAAGGAUGAACGAAUAAAGUGCUUAUGUGAACUAGAAGCUGCUCAAGCCUCCUUAGAAGAGGCGUUGCUAUCAAAGGAACGGUUGCAGCAGGUGGUUUUGGAUCAAGCAGCUACGUUGUCCCAUUUGUCUCAGUAG